GUUUGGGCAGUCCAGGCCCAGGUGAAUGGAAAUAUCGUCGAGUAAUCUGACAUAGGGAGGAGAUAAUGAAGUCGAGAGUAAACAGACGGAGUUAAAACACGUUUCCCUGCAAAAUAGUUAAACACAGACCUUCCCAUAGGUGGCGAAUUCUGAAGAAUGAUGUGGAUUCACUGAGGUGGGAGGUCAUGAAGCCAAAAAUUCACUUAAAUUGGGCAAAUGUUGAAGUCGCUAAAAUUCAAACUUAAGCUUCAUGGGAACAAAAUGAAAUGAGAGAAACACUGGAAGAAUAAAAGCACCUGCUUUGCAAUCCCUAAGCAUGGCGGGACUACAGCUUGUGACCCCUGCUUCAUCACCAAUGGGUCCCUUCUUUGGACUCCCUUGGCAACAAGAAGCAAUCCAUGAUAACAUUUAUACACCAAGGAAAUAUCAGGUUGAACUUCUUGAAGCAGCUCUAGAACACAAUACUAUUGUCUGCUUAAAUACUGGCUCAGGGAAGACAUUUAUUGCAGUACUUCUUACAAAAGAGCUGUCCCAUCAAAUCAGGGGUGACUUCGGCAAAAAUGGGAAAAGAACAGUGUUCUUGGUAAAUACAGCAUCAAAUGUGAUUCAGCAGGCAGCAACAGUUGAAACCCAUUCAGAUCUUCUGGUUGGGAAAUACAGCAGUAUUGAAACGACACACACUUGGACAAAAGAGAAAUGGAACCAUGAAAUAACAGAAAAACAGGUUCUUGUUAUGACCUGCCAGAUCUUUUUGCACGUAUUGAAGAAAGGAUAUUUACACUUAUCUAAAAUCAAUCUGCUUGUGUUUGAUGAAUGUCAUCUCGCAAUAACAGACCAUCCCUAUCUUGAAAUUAUGAAGAUGUGUGAGGAUUGCUCAUCCUGUCCUCGAAUACUGGGUCUUACAGCUUCCAUUUUAAAUGGGAAAUGUGACCCCUCGGAGCUAGAGGAGAAGAUUCUGAACCUUGAGAGAAUCUUGAAGAGCAGUGCAGAAACUGCGACGGACCUUGUUGUGUUAGAUAGGUACUCUUCUCAGCCUCGUGAAGUUGUUUUAGAUUGUGGACCAUAUGUGGACAAAAGUGGGCUCUGCAAAAGACUCUUUAAUGAGCUGGAUGAAGCACUCAAGUUUCUGAAUGACUGUAACAUAUCUGCACUUCGUGAAGAUAAAGAUCCAACGUUUAUUUCCAAACAGGUGUUGAGUGACUGCCAAGCAGUGUUGACAGUUCUGGGGCCUUGGUGCGCAGACAAAGUAGCUGGAAUAAUGGUGAGGGAACUGCAGAAAUACAUCAAGAACGAGCAGGAGGAGUUGAACCGGAAGUUGUUAUUGUUUACAGACACCAUAUUGAGAAAAAUCCAUGCACUCUGUGAAGAGCACUUCUCGCCUGCCUCACUUGACCUAAAAUUUGUUACCCCUAAAGUAAUGAAGCUACUUCAGAUCUUGCAUGAGUAUAAACCUUAUGAGCGGCAGCAGUUUGAGAGUGUGGAGUGGUACAACAACAGAAACCAGGAUAAUUAUGUUUCUUGGAGCGAUUCCGAGGACGAGGAUGAGGAUGAAGAAAUUGAAGAAAAAGAAAAACCUGAAGCCAAUUUUCCUUCCCCUUUCACCAACAUAUUGUGUGGGAUCAUUUUUGUGGAACGGCGCUACACUGCAGUGGUCUUAAACAGGCUAAUAAAGGAAGCUGGAAAGCAAGACCCUGAACUUGCUUACAUCAGCAGCAAUUUCAUAACUGGGCACAGUAUUGGGAAGAAUCAACCUCGAAACAAACAGAUGGAGGUGGAGUUCAGAAAGCAAGAAGAGGUGCUUCGGAAGUUUCGUGCUCAUGAGACCAAUUUGCUUAUUGCAACUAGUAUUGUGGAGGAGGGUGUUGAUAUUCCAAAGUGCAAUUUGGUUGUUAGAUUUGAUUUGCCAGCAGAAUACCGUUCCUAUGUUCAAUCUAAAGGUCGAGCAAGAGCCCCUGUUUCGAAUUAUGUCAUGCUGGCUGACACUGAGAUAACAAAAACUUUUGAAGAGGAUCUGAAAACAUACAAAUCUAUAGAAAAGAUCCUUAGGAACAAGUGUUCAAAGGCAACGGAUUACAGGGAAUUAGAAGUUGAGCCUGUUGUGGACGAUGACAACAUUUUACCACCGUAUGUACUGCGAUCUGAAGAUGGAGGCCCAAGAGUUACAAUUAACACAGCCAUUGGGCAUGUUAACAGAUACUGUGCACGAUUACCAAGUGAUCCAUUUACCCACCUUGCCCCAAAGUGUAAAACGAUGGAACUGAGGAAUGGGAGCUACCGGUCCACUCUCUACCUUCCUAUCAAUUCACCUCUCCGAGUUCCUGUGACUGGACCUGCUAUGAGUUGUGCAAGACUAGCUGAGAAAGCUGUGGCCCUUCUUUGCUGUGAAAAAUUACACAAAAUAGGUGAACUUGAUGAUCAUUUGAUGCCUGUUGGGAAAGAGACAGUGAAGUAUGAGGAGGAGCUGGACUUGCAUGAUGAGGAAGAAACCAGCGUGCCAGGGAGACCGGGCUCUACAAAACGCAGGCAGUGCUAUCCAAAAGCUAUUCCAGAAUGCUUGCGGAACAGUUACCCUGUACCUGAGAAACUGUGCUACCUUUAUGUGAUCGGUAUGGCACUGACCACUCCUCUCCCAGACGAGCUAAACUUUAGGAGAAGGAAACUGUAUCCUCCAGAAGAUACUACCAGAUGCUUUGGGAUACUGACUGCAAAACCAAUACCUCGGAUUCCUCACUUUCCAGUGUACACUCGUUCUGGAGAAGUUACCAUAUCCAUUGAACUGCAGAAAUCUGGCUUCACCUUGAAUGCCCAGCAGCUAGAGCUGAUUACCAGACUUCAUCAGUACAUUUUCUCUCACAUUCUUCGUCUUGAGAAACCUGCACUAGAGUUUAAACCUACAGAGGCAGAUUCAACCUACUGUGUACUACCUCUUAAUGUUGUUGAGGACUCCAACACCUUGGACUUGGACUUUAAGUUUAUGGAAGAUAUUGAAAAAUCGGAAGCACGAGUAGGCAUUCCUAACACACAGUAUACAAAGGAAAAUCUUUUCAGUUUCAAAUUGGAGGACUACCAGGAUGCAGUUAUCAUUCCGCGGUAUCGCAACUUUGACCAGCCUCAUCGCUUCUAUGUAGCUGAUGUCUAUACAGAUCUUACACCACUUGGUAAAUUCCCAUCCCCAGAGUACGAAACCUUUGCGGAGUACUAUAAAACUAAGUAUAACCUUGAUCUGUCAAACCUCAACCAGCCGCUGUUGGAUGUGGACCACACAUCUUCAAGACUGAAUCUGUUAACUCCUCGACACUUAAAUCAGAAAGGUAAAGCACUUCCCUUGAGCAGUGCAGAAAAAAGGAAAGCUAAGUGGGAGAGUCUGCAGAAUAAACAGAUUUUGGUUCCUGAACUCUGUGCAAUCCACCCGAUCCCAGCUUCAUUAUGGAGGAAAGCAGUCUGCCUCCCCAGUAUCCUCUAUCGUCUGCACUGCCUUCUAACAGCAGAGGAACUGAGGGCCCAGACGGCCAUUGAUGCCGGUGUAGGGGUCAGAACUCUUCCUCCUGACUUCAGGUACCCGAACUUGGAUUUUGGUUGGAAAAAUUCUAUUGACAGCAAGUCUUUCAUCUCAAGUCCUAGCUCUUGCACAGAAGAUGAAAAUUACUGUAAGCACAGCACAACUAUAGUCCCUGAAAGUGCUGCACAUCAAGGUACUAAUAUAGAAAUCUCCACGCCAGAAUGGUGUAACCAAAUGCCUGUGAAGAAUAAAGCUUCUUGUGAAAAGUCACCUGACACGCUUCAUGUGACCAGCCUCUCUGAGCGGAGUAGAGAUAAAAAUACUUUUGUUUGUGCUAAGAGUCUCACAAAUGGCACUGCUGAUGACCUGCAGGAAGAUAAUGAUUGCCAGCAUUAUCCACUAACCUCCCACAAGAGUGAAAUAUCUUUAAAAUCAACUACCUCAGUUCCCAAGCAGAAUACACACAGCAUUGAGAACCAGCCCAUGCCCAGCAUUGAAUGUACUCAUGCGAGUAGUAAAAACCUUGAUGGACAUGUAAAAAAAUCUACCUCGGAAGAUUGCAUGGCAGUGACAGCCAGUUCCUCAGCACCUUUAGCAGUUUAUCCAGAUACGUUGGAACUUGCUGUCAGCCCUGUUUGUGGUGACUCCCCUAAAACCCUCGGCCCAAACCCUGGUCUUAUACUACAAGCCUUGACCCUCUCCAACGCCAGUGAUGGGUUUAAUCUGGAAAGGCUAGAGAUGCUUGGUGACUCCUUUCUCAAGCAUGCAAUCACCACCUACUUGUUUUGUACAUAUCCUGAUGCCCAUGAAGGCCGUCUGUCAUACAUGAGGAGUAAAAAGGUCAGUAAUUGUAACCUGUAUCGCCUUGGGAAGAAGAAAGGCCUCCCAAGCCGUAUGGUGGUUUCAAUUUUUGAUCCACCUGUGAACUGGCUCCCUCCUGGGUAUCUGGUUAACCAGGACAAAAGUGGUGAAGAUAAAUUAGAUGCAGAUGAAAUGAUGGAAGAUGACCAGUUGGCCAACGGUACAACUGAGGAAGACUAUGGAGAUGAGGAAGAUGAGGAUGAAGACGACGACGACCUAAUGUGGAAGGAACCGAAGGACGAGGUCAACGUCGAAGACGAUUUGGAAUACUACCAGGAGCACAUCAAAUUCAUUGAUAACAUGCUGAUUGGUUCUGGAGCCUUUGGAAAGAAGAUAUCCCUUCCAACCUUCCUAGCUGCAGAGCCCAGCUAUGAAUGGAAAGCCCCUAAAAAGUCUUCCCUUGCUAACGUCCAGUAUCCCUAUGAUACUGACGAGUUUGAUUACAGCUCUUGGGAUGCCAUGUGUUACCUCGACCCCAGCAAGGCUGCCGAAGAGGAUGACUUUGUAGUUGGGUUUUGGAAUCCGUCUGAGGAAAACUGUGGGGCCGACCAAGGCAAGCAGUCCAUCUCUUAUGACUUGCACACUGAACAGUGUAUUGCUGACAAGAGCAUUGCGGACUGUGUGGAAGCUCUUCUUGGAUGCUAUCUGACCAGUUGUGGAGAGAGAGCAGCUCAGUUGUUCCUUUGCUCUCUUGGCUUAAAAGUGCUUCCUGUUGUAAAGAACAGUGAGGUUGCUAGCACCUGUAAUCAAACUGAGCUCAGCAAGGGAAAGGCUAAAGACGUGGAGUAUGACUGGUUGAAGAUCCCUCCAAGAUGUAUGUUUGAUCACCCAGAUGCUGAAAAGACCUUGAACCACCUGAUAUCAGGAUUUGAAAACUUUGAAAAGAAGAUCAACUAUACCUUUCAAAACAAGGCCUACCUUUUGCAAGCUUUCACCCAUGCUUCUUACCACUACAAUACCAUUACAGAUUGUUACCAGCGGUUGGAAUUCCUUGGAGAUGCAAUAUUGGACUACCUCAUAACCAAGCACCUUUAUGAAGAUCCACGGCAGCACUCUCCUGGAGUGCUGACUGACUUGCGAUCUGCCCUCGUCAAUAACACCAUAUUUGCUUCUCUGGCUGUAAAGUAUGACUAUCACAAAUACUUUAAAGCGGUCUCUCCUGAGCUGUUCCAUGUGAUUGAUGACUUUGUGCAAUUUCAGCUGGAAAAGAAUGAAAUGCAAGGGAUGGAUUCUGAGCUAAGACGGUCUGAAGAAGAUGAUGCAAAAGAAGAAGAUAUUGAAGUUCCUAAAGCAAUGGGAGACAUCUUUGAGUCCCUUGCUGGGGCACUUUACAUGGAUAGUGGGAUGUCUUUGGAGACUGUGUGGCAAGUGUACUAUCCAAUGAUGAGGCCACUAAUUGAGAAAUUUUCUGCUAAUGUUCCUCGUUCUCCAGUACGCGAGUUGUUAGAGAUGGAGCCAGAGACAGCCAAAUUCAGCCCUGCUGAAAGGACCUACGAUGGGAAAGUCCGGGUCACAGUGGAAGUCGUAGGGAAGGGAAAGUUCAAAGGCGUCGGCCGAAGCUACAGGAUAGCCAAAUCGGCAGCAGCACGGAGAGCCCUGCGGAGUCUCAAAGCGAAUCAACCUCAGGUCCAAACCAGCUGAGCAUCAGGCUCAAGAUGUCAUUAAAUUAAAAACAAAUUGUGAGCAAAAGCUGAAAAAAACUGAAACAGGAAAAAAAAAACUUAAAGCAUUUGUAUAAAAAAGGAAAAUUGUUCAUGAUAGUUUUUUCUUUGCGCAAACACAAUCUUUUCUUUUUCAUCUGCUGUUUUUUUUUUUUUUUUUGUUUUACUCGUGAGAUUGCUUUUAAAACAUUUGUAAGUGUUUAGAGAAAAAGGUCAGGUCUUGGUCUUUUUAUUUUAUAAAGCUCUGCUUUUGUGUUGGUGAGCCAAUAAGCUUGUGCUUAACAGAAGGGUUGAUUUAGAUUGUACGUAGAUUUAAAAAGUAAUUACAAAUUUAAAAGAAAUAAAUACAAAAAAAAAAAAAUGAAUUCCUCAAUUUCCUUGCCAGUGCUAAAGCAGUGAAGUCGCUGCUGUGGAUUAGCUGGUAUGAAAGAGCUGAAGGAGUGCCAGUAUUGCCCUCUCAUUCUGUGUCAUCUGUUGUCCUGAGAUGGCAAUUCUUAAUCAUUAUUGCACAUAUUUGAUAGGGGAUUUUUAUUUAUUUUUUAAUAAAUAAAACGGCGGUGUGUAGUGAGUAGAUGUACGUGAUCGGAUUAUAGUGACUCCAUAUACAAUUUUUGCAUUUGAGUAAAAAGGUUCUGCCUUAAGUUACCCAGAAAUGUGUUUCUUGCAAAAAUAAUUUUUUUACAUUCCCAUUCACUGUAAUAGUUAAAACAAAGUAUUCUUUUUUUUUUUUUUACAGCACUCGAAUGAAUGUUUGUGUAGCUGUGAAAUUAUAAACCUAUUUGCAGGGUUAUAAUAACCCAUAAAGCUACAUAUAUAUGUGUGUGUGUAUUAAGUGCUGGCAGAUGUGUAUGUUUUUGAUACCAAGAACAGUUAUAAUUUCAAUGAAUUGUCUGAAAGAGAGCAUUAAAUGUCUCCAUUGACUAUUAAGUUUUGAUAAUAUUACAAACUUAGACAUAUCACCUAGGAAAUAUGCUGCAGAUUUUGUAAGAAUUGGUUACUUCUGUAUGAAAUGGAGCACCUUUACACUUUUAAGAUACACAGGUUUCUUACUGUAGUUCUCACGAUUGCAUACCUACUUCAUUUACCAAAGUUACCGCUGUUGCAAGAUUGCAUUUGUGAGGUAAGUGUCAUUUAAACCAGCCUUUGUUUAGUUUAAGCUAAUUUGAUAUUUAUGACUUAAUGCAAAGCCUAAAUUCAUUCAUUAUUUUUUUUGUACUUGGUAUAAUUAGGCACUCUUCACUUGAAUACCUCAGUUAUUUGCAUGCAUUGUUUUCUGUUUUUGGUGCUAUGUAUUUUUGUAUUAAGCUUGAAUAUUUUAUUUUUUUGCACUCUAACUAUAAUACCUCUCUUUAAUUUACCUUUUAAAUACGUUGGAUCAGUUGUCCAGACUACCAGCAGUUAAUCGGAGGUUAGCUGCAAUGUGAUUUUAUGCUUGACUUGUUUUUUGGAAAGCUGAGAGAUGAUAUUUUCUGCACAUAAAACCUGAGGUAGAUGCUUGUUCAUGCUUUUUCUUUCUUUAUUUUGGGUUUGUAAUUCUUUCUUGAAUAUCUCAAAUUUUAAAUGGAUCACUUAAUGUUUUGCAGGAGAAAACAGAUUGCUGUCCUAAUAGUCCACCCUUAUCAGAAUCCUUUGGUAAAAACUGUCUUGAUAAGUUCUUUAAUUAAAAAAAAUUAUUUUAUAAGGGAAUGGUUUAAAGUCACUACAUGUCUGUAAUUAACUGCUGCUAGAGUUAUUGACCUCCAGUAAGUACAAGUCUAUGAAUUGUAGGCCGAUCAUAGUUGUCAUUACAUCUCCACAGGUAUAAUAUCAAAUCAUAUUUCUUGGCAACUAGUAAAACAAGUUAACAUCUAGAUCAGGCUUCACAUUUAAUGGGCAGAAAAUCGGAUGAUGUAACUUGGAGAUAGGUGCUGCUACCUUAAGAACUGGUUCAGGUUAAUAUAAAUGUUUAGAUAUAUUCCCGAAUAAAGCUGCACUCUUUUAAACAUGUAAAUGGCUGUAAGGCCAAACGGUGACUCUUUAAUACGAUGGGCACAUGCCUCUUAACACUUUGCACUAUGUAGUCAUUCCCACAUAUAUAACCAUUUUGUCUUUAUAGAAAAACGGUGCCUUUUGUUUUGUAUAAAUCAGUUUAUGUAACAUUUAACUAUUGUUGCAUCAGGAAGAUCUCAUCUGCAACUGGCCAACUUUUUAAUUUGACUACUCUAAAUUGUUUGGAUAAAACAAAAGAUCCAUGUGCCAUAUAAAUGGUCCUUUUAUAACCUAUUCGCCAUAUACUGUAGUGGUUUUCCUGUACUGUCUCCCAGCAUAAUAUCGUGAGUCUACUGUAGAUAUAAUAAGUUGUGGGAAAUAUGGAGUUCUUCAUGUAAACUCAUUGUGAUGAACCAUGCAGACCAUUAUUACAUGUAACCUCAGGUUGUCAAAUCUUUAGGUCAGUACUGCCAAAAUAACAAACUCUUUAUCAAAUUUUAGUUAGCCGUAAUUCAGACAGUUUAGCGUCUUUUAAAUACGGCAAUCUGUUUGUCAUUCUUGCAGAUAUAUUAACUGAACCUCAUACAUUGUUACACGAUAUCUGAAAAUUAGUGGCUUUUUAUUGUAUGCAUUUACAGCUAUGUAAACUCCCUAAUGUGACCUCAUUGCAGUGUGCUAGGUGAACUCGGAGUCGCACUGUAUGCAUUUCAACACUUUACCGUUUUUGUAAUUAAGAAUAUUGUAUAAUGUUAGGCAUAAACAUUCAUUUAAUUACCUUUUUGUUUUUGAGAAUAACUUUGAAACAUGUGAAAUCACUUGAUGGUGCCACAUUCGCAAAUUGUUUUCAGUGAUACAUGCUGUUGAGAGUCCUUUUAUCUCAGUGAGCCACACAGACUGAAAUAGAUGGCAAAGUUGGCAGAGAUUUUUAUUCCAUAAUUUACCGGGUUUAAAAGGUGUCCUUUAAUGUAACGUUGUGUUUUUUUUUUUUAAUAUGCUGCAGAUUUAUUAAGUCUAUUUUCUAACAGACACUUAAUUGUUUUUGUUUGUUUGCUAUUUUUGUACAUGUAGCACAAAUAAGCAUUGCACUCGGCAUCAUGCUUUACCUCAGUUCAAGAAUAAAAAGUAUGCUAAUGUGCUUGGAGGGAAACAAUGUGGUAUUGGCUUUGCUGCUGUAAAAUUGCUGAUAUUAGAAAAGGUAAUCAUUUAAAUAGUGUGCCUCCAGGAUUUAUUUUUUAUUUUUUAAUUCACUGUACAAAAUAGAUCUCUAACAUCUGGGACUUCAUUUAUAUAUAAUUGGUAUAGAAAAUGCAUUAGCUUACAAGCUGAUGCACCCUUAGCAACACCUACAGGGGGUGGGGGAUGAGGGGAGGCUGGAACAGAUGUGAAUUACCCACACUUGAGUCUCCUGUAGGUAUGGAUUGAAUAUUGUUGCAUAUUUUACUGUAAGUUAUACUUUCACAGUAACUUAUGCGAGUUGUGAUUUUAAAAGAUUUCCAAAUUUAUUAUCCUCACUCAAUUUUAAAAUUGUUGAUUUUUAGGUAUUAAAAACUGAGCGAUUUAUCAUUAAACAGUCGGUUCCUUUUUUUGCUUAUGCAUUAUAGUAAUUUAAAGUUUUGACUUGGUCAUCUGCUAACAUUUUAUGUAAAGCCUAUGUUUACCAGUGACCCCCUUAGCUUUACUAAAGUCAAUAUUGGUGAUUUUGUAAAUUGCUUAUUUAAGAUGUUAGGAUGUAUAGCAGGUAUUGGUGGGUCAGUUGGUUUUGGGUGUAGAGCAAUUUCACAUACUGAUUCCUCCUUUUAAAAAUAAGUAAAUAAAUACAAUAUUAAUAAAAAUACACCCCUGAUGCCAGAAAUGACCUAAGAUAUGCGCUUGUGUCAGCAGCAAGGUGUCUUGUAGCAAACUAAAGGGUUAUGUGAGUUGUGUGCUUCUAAACAAGUUUGAGUAUUGCAAGUGGUUUGCUGUACUGUAAAUAUUUAGUUUUUAAAGGAUGGUUGAAUUCAAGCAGAACUGAUAGUACAGUGAAUUAAAUGGGGAAUAAUGGGCCAUCACAUGCUGAAAUCGUCUAAGGGACAUUUAAAUAUUUCUCAUUCAUACUGUAAUCAUGCUGCAGAGGUUUACGGUCUGCACCUUAUGGAUCACAAUUACCUUUUAUCUUUUGUUUUUGUAAUAAUUGUAGCUGAGUAUAUCUACAAUAAAGUUAUGGUCUUAUUGUUCAUUA